AUGCCAGGCUCGAAAUCCACACAAACGGCACUCUUGAAGGCUAGAACAUUAUCCUUCACGCCCACGUACCCAGCCCGCAGCCAGAAAAAGGCAAACUCUAGGACAUCUGCGAAUUUCAUGUAUGACAGCUCCAUCAUCAUCGCCCACGGCCUGAAGCGGUUCGAGAACAUCGACACCGCGUUUGACCAGCUUGUGGAAGCUAUAUUUGAGCCGUCGGAUCUCGAGAAACGCAGGCUUUUCGGAGUGCCUUAUGUCUAUCCCUUCGACAUAGUGAAGUUGAUCAAAGAUGGGGACGGCCGGUUCCAUAAGACAUAUACGCGAUUUCGAAAGCAUGUCAAGCAGGCCCUUACCGACAUUUCACGGAAGUCAACCAGCCCAUUGUCGCAACCUCCGAGAAUAAUCUUUCUGGCACAUGGAAUCGCCUCCUGGCUAGUUAAGCGUCUUUUGGCUGAGGCGGAUGGGCGAAGCCCAGUGCCAGAAGAUGACAAGCUCUUGGAUAUACGGCAAGUAGAGGGCGUUAUAUUCUUACAGGACUUCCCUCACAGCCAAAGUCUUGAUGUCAGCUACUCUAAUUACAUAGAGCAAUGGGUGGAUACUUUGUCCAAGGUCUCUGUCCUCGGGGAUGACUGGUUGGCAAACCGAGAUGCUGUUGAAGAUGAGGGGAUGGGAGACCGGGAGACUGAUGGGAAGAGGAGACUGUUUGGUCUCAAGCAGCGAUUGCGAUGGAUUGACGAUCGGUUCCGAGGCUUAUCAGCUAACCAGCAUCUGUCCGGCCACACCUGGGUGCUGGACCCUCAUCAUCCCGUCAUUGAUAUGCGCCAGACUUCGAAUCUUCCUAGAUCACAUCCUGUGAAUAAUGAGAAGCACGCAGGCGCCGUCAACACCUUACUCCGUCGGCAUCGCAACAACACUACGACAACAAGAGCGGUCACAGUGAAUGCCGAUGUCAGCCGCAUUAACACUUUCAUUCAGAUCGCCAGUCCUACUACUGACAGAACCGCCCAGUCUGACCAACGCUCCGCGGUGGCAAGCCUGGUCCUCGUCUCUAAAGAGAUGAAUGAGCUUGAAUCGCACCUGUACUUCCCAAAAAGCCAGGGAAAACUGAACAAUCCACGAAACCGCCCUCAAGCGACCCAUCAUAGGUCUUCAUCUGCACCACAAGGUGCUGUAACUGGUUUUCUUUUCCCAGAAUACAUCACAAGAGAGGCAGGCAAAUCUUUCCAACGGCUGCGGCCAUACAGCUUUCCUACUUCAAGACCUGUGGUUACGAGGUCAUCGAACGACGAGGAGAAAUGGCGGGUUAUAUUCCACCGUGCCCGGAAGUAUUUGAUACAAGGUGACUUGGACAACGCGGACGUCUUGUGCAAAUGGUGUGUGGAUGCUGGCGAUCAAUUCUUUGAACGGACCGACAUCCCUCUCCAGUGGCGAAUGCAGCGAGCCGUCAUUCAAAUACUGAGAGGCCAGUAUCGAGACGCUUACACACAAUUACGAAACAUUCUCAUGAUCUGCUUUGGAUUACUCGAAGGACCAAGCGCAGUGACAAAGGCCUGGCGGAUACCUGACAAAGCAGGCGACACCGGAUAUCUUCCCCAGGCCCCCGGGUUUAGUAGAAGGCCAAGUGAAGUCUCAGGGGUCGACACGUCCAGAUCGCAGGACUUAGAGACGGAGCAGGAUAUUCUCAGAAACCUAUUCAUUCUGAGCCUUGAGCUGUCAUACAACAUCGCAGUGGCCUUGACACAGAUGGGGAAAUUCCAGGAAGCGGAGGACCGACUCACAGAACUACGAAACUUCCUGGUGGGCACGGCAUUCUUCCCAGUCCAAGAAAUGGCAUUGGAAGAAAUGCGCCAAUUGAAGUUGCUUGUUGAAGUCAACAGAGGUCUGACACUUCUCAAAGGAUACCGAGGCUCAUUUUCUGAAGCCGUCAGUUUAAUUGCCGAAGAGGAUGGCAGAGAGCGAGGUGUACAAGAGGUCGAAGAGACCAAAUACAGGUCCCAAAGCCUGAAAACUUUGACUCACGCCAAGAUAUUGUUAUCUCGUGGGAUGGUCCAAGACGCGUUGCAGUUGAUAUCGAAGGAUCUUCCUGAAAUUGAGAAACACUUAGGGAGGUUUCAUUUGACUUCGCUGGAGACAAGAUGUCUCAAGGCCCUCCUCCUCACCAGAGCUUCUCGGGCCCUAGAGGCCGAGACACUUUGUUCAGAGACAAGUGACCUCAUCAAGAGGCACUUGGGUGAACACCAUCCACUUGUGCUCGACAUUAUCCACGUCCUGGUUUCCGUGUGCGAAAUUCAGGCGCGGCCGCUUCAGGCUCUGAGGAUAAGCGAGAAUCUCUGUACUCGUGCGGAAGAGACGCUUGGGGCUACGGAUCAGCGGACCAUUCGUUUCCAGGCCCAGCACGCAUGGAUUAAUGUCUGGAUAGGCAACUACGAGAAAGGGGAGCUCUUGCUUCAAGAAACCUACAACGCCGCCGAGUCAUUGUGGGGACCCACACAUCCGUGGACACUCGAGUACAUUCCAAAAUUGGCCUUCGCCUACUCUUUACGAGGAAAGACCUCGCUGGCCAAAGAAUACUUUGCAAACGCCUUGAUGAAUCAAAUGGUCGCCUUCGGCAUUGCAAAGGAAGAUGCAGUCUCGAAUAAGUCAUUGCAGUACCUGGUCCGGGAAGUUCUGUCAGCAGCCGAUAGCAUCGCGAUGGACGCAUCCUCGCCCAGAUCAUGA